AUGUUCAGUAGAGGACAGGCAAGGGCUGAUAUAUUGUUUAGUAUAAAAGCGCGGCAUGAGGUGCUUUCCGUAUGUAUUGUCGGCGAUCACAGACGAGUGCCUGGCUCUACAGUGACCAUGCUGGCUGCGCCUGUGCCUCACACUAUGUUCUCCAAGCUUGGACUCGUGCUUCUGCUUACUUUGGCGUUAUUGAAUGCAGCUAGUGCAGACUUAUGUCAGACAGACACUUUUGGUGACAUCACGGCAAUGCCGAUGCAACUGAAUACGUCGUACAUCGAAGCCGGAAAGAGAGAUGCACUAGUCACGGUGCCUUCCCAUUUGGUAUGUCCUUAUGGCUACAAGCUGGCGGGUCUCAAGGUGGAGGUGUGCGACGCGGACAUGGCGCCGCGCGUGCGCAUCCGCUCAGUAGACUCGGCGCUGGUGCAUCGCCGCGGGCUGCUGUUCAUCAACGCCACUGUCUACACUACCGUCUACUGCAGGCAAGGCUACGGCCAGUAGACGAAUUGCUCUCCUCACCUUUAUAUUCUUAUUUAUAAAGGUUACAUACACAGACUUACGUGUGUCAUCAUUAUAUAUAUUUUCUUUGUUCCAAUAUUUUUUAAUAAAAUUGGUGCAAUUAAUUAGGUACAUGAUAAUAAAUGUCUUAAUUAUGAA